GACUCUUUCCUUUGAGUUAAAUUGCCCUAGUACGGUUGGGUUUUUUAUUUACCUGAGAAAAUCCGGUAAAAUCUAUAAAUCCUUAUUCAGUUUUGAGAAAAGGACAAAAUAAAACAAAACAAAAAUGCCACCAAAAUUCGAUCCUACUGAAAUCAAAUUGGUUUACUUGCGUUGCGUUGGUGGUGAAGUGGGAGCUACAUCUUCCCUUGCCCCAAAAAUUGGUCCACUUGGUUUGUCUCCCAAAAAAAUUGGUGACGACAUCGCAAAGGCCACCUCAGACUGGAAGGGUUUAAAAAUCACAGUAUGCCUUACAAUUCAAAACAGGCAAGCUGCUAUUUCCGUUGUUCCAUCAGCUGCAUCCCUUAUCAUUAAGGCUCUUAAAGAACCACCAAGGGACAGGAAGAAGCAAAAGAAUAUCAAACACAGUGGAAACAUAACUUUUGACGAUAUCUUAUCCAUUGCCAACCAAAUGCGCCCCCGCUCCAUGGCCAGGGACUUAUCUGGAGUGUGCAAAGAAAUUCUUGGCACUGCCCAAAGUGUGGGUUGCACUGUUGACGGAAGGCCACCACACGACAUCAUUGAAGAUAUUAACUCUGGAGCCAUUGAAGUCCCACUUGAAUAGUGUUAACUGAAUUGCUUCUAAUAAAAGUGUUUUAAGAAAUUGAAAUUAAGAAA